AUUGACCAGUGUGUAGGGAGUGGAUGAGAAAAUUGGAUAGCAUAGAACUAGUGUGUGAACUCCAUGGGCCGAAGGUUUUAUUUUCCGUGUUUUUCUUAAGUACUAAGAAUGGGACACAAAGUGCUGGAGUAACUCAGCCGGUCAGGCAGCAUCUGGAGAACAUGCAUAGGUAACGUUUCGGGUCGGGAUCUGUUUCAAUGUAUUUAUAAAAUCGACUGGUCUUAAAUACUAUAAAGCAAUAUCCCUCUUCACGCUCAAAAAAAAUAAAAAAAAUACUGCUGUCAGUUUUGAAAUGUGACCAUGUUUAAAAAUAACAGACACGCAGCCAUUUCAUAUUUUCUUUUCUCCCGCUACCAUGAACCAUCUAUCUCGCUCCGAUGUCUGGAGUGUCCCAUGAAAUAUCUGGCGCCUUCUUGAUUGGUUCGGCCGCUUAUAGUAGGAAAGAUACAUCCGCAGCUCAGCUCCUGAUCGGUCAAUUUACCGAGCCCCCUCCCCUCUCGCCGUCAACCUUGGUUGACAGCCACUGCUGCAUCAAUAUAAACCCAGCAGAAUGAAGGUAUGUUGCAGAGAUGCUGGCGAAGCCGGUUCCGGCCAAGAGUCCGUCAACUCUUGCUGACAUGCCGGGUCCUAGCGCCGUCCGUUUUGCCUACGAUCUCUUCUUCAAUAAAGGGAUUUCCAGGUUACAUGAGCUGCAGCUUGAGGGCAAAGCGAAGUACGGGCCAGUGUGGAAGGCCCGUUUUGGUCCUAUCCUCACCGUACACAUUGCAGAUCCAGCGUUAAUCGAACAAGUCUUGCGGCAGGAGGGCCAGCACCCAAUCCGAUCGGAUUUGUCGUCUUGGAAAGAUUACAGGCAGCACCGAGGACACGCGUAUGGGCUCCUCACUGCGGAGGGCGAGGAGUGGCAGGAACUCCGCAGCAUACUCAGCAAGCACAUGCUGAAGCCCAAGCAAGUGGCGGCGUACGACGGUGUCCUUAACAAUGUCAUCACUGACCUGGUCCUUCGCCUGCGUCAGCAGAGGGCAAGCAGCAGCCGCCUCCUGGUCAGGGACUUGGCUGGCGAGUUCUACAAGUUUGGAUUGGAAGGUAUCUCCGCGGUGCUCUUUGAGACCCGGAUUGGCUGCCUCAAGACGGACGUUCCCAAAGAAACAGAAGACUUUAUCCAGUCAAUUAACACCAUGUUCCAAAUGACGCUCCUCACCAUGGCCAUGCCCAAGUUCCUGCACAAAAUCUACCCGGGACCCUGGCAGAGAUUUGUCGCCUGCUGGGAUAACAUGUUCGCCUUUGCCAAAGGACACAUCGAUAGAAGGAUGGUUGAAGUUCAACACAAGUUAGCAAGAAGCCAACCAGUCGAGGGAACGUACCUGAUCUACUUCCUUUCCACCCAGAAGCUCCCGAUGAGAACCAUUUAUGGAAAUGUCACCGAGUUGCUGCUGGCUGGUGUGGACACUAUUUCCAGCACAAUGUCAUGGAGCCUUUACGAGUUGGCCCGGCACCCGGAUAUUCAAGCAGCCCUGCACCGGGAAAUAAGAGAGACGGUUGGCGACAAACCCAUCCCUUCAGCUGCUGACGUGGCAAAGAUUCCGCUUCUGAAAGCUGUUGUGAAGGAAAUACUGAGGCUUUACCCUGUAAUACCAGGUAAUGCCCGUGUGAUUCCAGAUAAGGAUAUCCAAAUUGGAGAAUACAUCAUUCCGCAAAAUACUCUGAUCACUCUGUGUCACUACGCAACCUCACGAGACAAAGAGGUCUUCCCCAACCCUGACUCAUUCCAGCCGAUGCGAUGGCUUCACAAGGACGAGAAUUUCCAUCCUUACGCCUCCAUCCCCUUUGGUUUCGGGAAGCGAAGCUGUAUCGGAAGAAGAAUUGCAGAGUUGGAGGUCUACCUGGCUCUGGCAAGAAUCCUGACCCACUUUGAGGUGAGACAGGAGAUCAAAGGCAGCAUCGUAAAACCCAUGACCAGAACUGUGCUGGUGCCAGAGCAGCAGAUCAAUCUUCAGUUUAUUGACAGAUGAACGGGUGUACAGUGAACAGCUCCAGUACCACGAUGAGAGAACCAAAACUCGCUGAUCCCAGCUUUAACUCUGGCCAACAAGAUUUUUUCUGGGACUUUACCAAGUGCUGUCUGGAAGUCCUUAAAGCAGCUACAGACAUUCGCCUGGCUCAUCACCACUUCAAAAAAUAACGUUAUCAACUUUGCCAAAUCUGAACAGCUUGGUGUUCAGUCAAUCAUUCCAGACAUGAUUGUGGACCCCAGUAACUUCCCCAACAGUGUAUUGGUCUGCAGUUGUCUGCUUUCCCCCCCUCAUCUUCCUUAAACAGAGUGAAUGCACAAUUGUCCAACCUGAAGAAAUGUUUCCCAAAUCAAGAGAGCUUUGGCAAAAUCAUAGGUCAUUUCCCCAUAGGGUGGAAGUGUCAAGGACUAGAGGGUGUAACUUUAAGGUUAGAGAGGCAAAGUUUUUAGGAGAUGUGGGGGGGAUGUCUUUUACAGAGGGUGCCUGGAAUGUGCUGCUUAGAGUGGUGGUGGUGUAGGCAGAUACGAUAGCGGUGUUUAAGUUGCUUUUAGAUAGGCACAUGGAUAUGCAGGGAAUAGAGGGAUAUAGAUCACAUACAGGCAGUGGAGAUUUGUUUAUCUAGGCAUGAUGUUUGGUAAAUGGGUUAAUUAAGAUAAUGCAGGCAUUUUUGUCUGCAAAUGCUCCUGAACUCCAGGAACCUGAAAUGAAACGGCAGAAGUGGUGAUCUCGGAAAAGCAAAGAUGGACACAUUACCAGAAGCUAAAGACAAGGUGGUGAAUAAAAUCAGUGAAUGUAUUGGUACAUACAGCUUUUUUUUUUUAAAGCACUUUGUUACACAGUUCAAGCAGUGGUGAAAAUUCACCCGAAUUAAGAAAGAGAAACAGAUUUGCUUUUCCAAAGCACCUCCACAUCCCUUUCAGGAUGCCCCAAUGUGUUUUGCAGUGAGUGCUGUGGCUGUAUUCACUGUUGUGAUACAGGUAUGUGGUCAGUACUGAAUUCCUGUCAAUUUUAUAUCUCCUCUUCACUGAUUGCCUUCAUUUAUUUUCUACAUUUUGGAGUUCAGCUCUGAGCAACUCAUCAAGAUUUUUUCUAUUGGUCUUUGUGGGUAAUGAUCAUUAUUUUGAAAUUCUGCUCUUUGUGUUAUUUGUAUUGGUAACAGAUUAAAGAAUGGUGUCAAAUCAU